AUGAAGGGACCUUGGCAAUUUUGGGGUCCUCGUCAAGAAAUUGUCCCUGUCACGAUCACCUCAAGUGGACAGCUCCAAAAGUCCUUUGAGAAUGAGCGUGGCUUGAUAGACUUCUCAGCGCAGUCUGUCUACUCAAACAUUUCUUUUAACACACGAGGAGAGACGAGCCCUGGUACUCACACACCGGACAUUUUCAGAGACUAUGUUCGCCAUCCAGAGUGUGGCCAGGCUUGGAACUCCCUCCAUUCACGAAAGACUGUUGAAGGCAGAAAGCCCAUGCUUCUGUUCUUCCAUCAUCACUUACACAAUGGCAACCCAGCAGAUCAUUUCUUCUCCUUCUCCAACGAUGUUUCCCGGAAGACGUAUGGCGAAAGCUUGGCAGCAAUCUGCAAUAUUCCUGCUUCAUGGCGUCAGCCAACGGUGGCCGCAACUGAGACCACUUCCGGUGUCACAGUGGAUGGAUUUCCUGUUGCUACAUAUAUUGGUAGUCACACCGAUAAUGUCGACAUAGUGGUCGAUGGCUUCUGGGUAGACCAUCCUGAUCAUGAACUUGAUCUGAAUACAAGCCAGUCGAUUACUUACCGCAGAUUGCCGGAGAAGAUCAAUCACGUUGGAUUAUCUUGUGGGCUGAAGCGUGCGGUUUUCGAUAUGGAGGCUACUACGCCCUUCAAUCUAGCUGCCGCACGUCGUAUCGACCGUUGGACUGAGAUCAACAAAGCCAAUAAGUCGGCUUUUUGGAAGGACUAUCGCUUCGUUCUUGAAAAAGCACCUGUAUCCAAGGUCAUCGUGAAUCAGAUAAGUCAUGGGUUCAAUAUCAUGAUAGCAAGACUGAGUGCUUGUCAUGCGCACCACCCCUUCCUUCGAUGCAAUGGACUUUCAACGUCACAAAGACAAAGCGGGAAAAGGUCCUUCAAAAGCAAGUUGCGAAGGAAGAUCCGGAGCAGGCAUCACUUAACGAGCAAGCUAUCAAGAACCGACCAUCAGCAAUCCAGUGCUUGGUCCAUUUCUCGAGCACCGGCCUCAAUUUCAAGAUCGGUGUCGAUCCAGCCACACUUGUUCGCAGAGCUAGAGCCAGUCUUCUUUCUUCUGCAUCCUAUUCUCGCACUAGCUCACUCGUUGACGGAGGUAUCACAACAAGCUACCGCAUUGUGA